UGUUUCCCCUUCUUUCAGAGCUCUUUGCAUUCAGAGCAGUCGCUGUGCGCCGCCGCGGAACACAGAGAAACCAGAACGAUGUAGCUAAAAUAGCAGUAUUUGUACAAUUGCGCCAAACGUCACCUACCAAAUCCUAUGAGAGUAAUUUGCGAUUUAUUUCACCUUCCUCUUAACUUUCCAUUUUGAACAAGUUAACCAGAAUGGCACAAGUGUCCACUGUGCGCCUCUCCUCGAGGCGCAGCAUCUGCGCGGCGGUUCUGACGCUUCUCCUUUGCGCACAGUCCGGUUUGGGCUUCUCGAUCGCAGGACAGCAGGAGAACACCUGCGAGGACAACGGCAGCGUUUACUACGUUGGAGAAUGGUACUUUCUAGAGUCCGAUCACUGCACUCAGUGCGAGUGCACGGACGAGGGCUCCGUGUGCGCUCGGACAGAGUGCACGUCUCUCCCCGCUGCGUGCAUCCACGUCAGCCACUACCCCACCGACUGCUGCCCCAGGUGCGAGAAGAUCGGCUGUGAGUACCGGGGGGUGGUGUAUGAGCUGGGGCAGACUUUCCAGCCGUCAGAGUGUGAGCAGUGCACUUGUGACAGUGAUGGCAUCGCCCGCUGUCUGGUUGCAGACUGUGCCCCUCCACCAUGUGUCAAUCCUUUGUACCAGCCUGGGAAAUGCUGUCCUGAAUGCUUGGAGGGUCCCAACUGCUAUGUUGAUGGAUCGCGCAGUCAAGUGAUUCCUGCUGGAGAGCCCGUCUGGGUCGACUCCUGCACCAAGUGUCGCUGUCACGAUGGCCAGGACGCCGGCUACUGGGAGGGAAAUCGUCUCGCCACUUGUUCUCGACUUAAAAACUGCACACCCGAGCAAACGCCUGUGCAGCAGCGCUGAAUUAUCUUCGGUUUAAGCAGUUAUUCUUAAGAUGCAGCGACUGCUGACGAGCUGCACACUGCCGCCUCUCACAAACAUGAUGUGCAGGUGCAAGAAAAAAAACCAAGCACAGCUGAUUACAGUAAGGCAGAAUCAGGAUGACACGGCUAAUAAAAGCUUUUAAUGUAACAAAGUCUUAAUAGAAAAAAAAACAUUUUAAUUUAAAACAAGUGGAAUAAAUUGUUUUGUAAUGCAAUGCUUUAAAGCAAACAAAUACCUUCUUUUAAUCCAUGACAAAAAAGUGACCUUGCUUCAGAUAUUAUAGAUUUUAUUGUGGUUUGUAUGUUUCUAGUCAGAGAAACUAGUCUUGCAUGUCUUGUGGUUACCCUGGAGGUGUACUGCACAGACUAAAGUAGCACAAUAAGCCAAAGAGAUUUGUUUGUGGAAUAAUGUUAGGAUAUACUUGUUACUGAUUAAGGCAAGCAGAGAAAGCUUUGCACAGCUGUGAUGAAGAGUAGAAAAUAUCUGAGUGAAGCAGUAAAGAUUCAGCCACAUAACGACUGAAAGAGCGGAUGAGGAUUUGGUUUGAUAAAAGGAAUUCAUAGUUUAUUGAUGGGAUGCUUUUACUCUUAGAUCAGCAAAAGUAAACUAAACUCAGAUGUUUCUAAUUUACGUAACAUUUUAUAAAACACCCUCUGGUGUUAUUUCUGGAGCUGCAUUGGGCAGUUUCAAGUUCAGAGCGAGUGUUUAUGCUAGCGUGAAUUUUCACAUUUACAAAAAAUAAAGGUGUGACAAAUCUUC